AUGACCUCAGCCUUCCUGAGCCGUGAUGGCACUCCUUCGGGCCACCUGAACGUCACUAUGGAAGUUGCCGAGGUCGAUUCGCGCGGCCCUGUCGACAGAUCAGGACACUAUGAUAUCAAAGUACUCCAACAGAAGGCCCAAAUGGCCGAAAUCAAAAGGACGCAGCAGGAAGAGGAGUUGCGCGAAAAUCAUCCCUUUUUCGACCGGCCUCUGUUUACACUGGGGCGCCAGAGCAGGAUCCGUCACUUCUGCAGCAUCAUCGUCAGAGCCCGUCAUAAGAUCAGAGGAGCAGGCGGAACCAAGAAUAACCACGCAGACGGCAUUCAUAAAAUCCUCGGCUUCGUUUCUUAUCUCGAUUGGUCGAUGUUGAUGGUUACCAUUCUGAGCUGUAUUUCAAUGGCACUGGAGACACCUCAGCGCCGUCUUAUGAACACGCCGGAGCUGCAGGUAUGA